AUGAAGCCUCCUCUUGGCCUGAUACUUUCUUCUUCUAUGCCUACUUCUGCACCAUUGGUGUGCAAGUUAAGAAAGUCUCUCUAUGGUCUCAAGCAGACCUCCAGACAGUGGUUUUCCAAGCUGUCUGAUGCAUUAUCCCUUCAUGACUAUUCCUCAAGUAAGAAUGACUAUUUUUUAUUCACCAAAAGGGUUGAUGGAUCUCUUACUGUCUUAGCUGUUUAUGUUGAUGAUAUCCUACUUGCUGGGGAUGAUAUAUUUGAGUUGGAUGAGUUGAAAUUGUUUCUGGACACUCAAUUCAAGAUCAAAGAUCUUGUUUUAGUCCAUUACUUUCUGUUUUCCCCUCUAUUUGCUCCUCUUGAUACUUCUCUGAAGCUUACUAAUGAUAUGGGGGCCCCACUCACUGACCCCUCCACUUUUUGUCGCCUUAUUGGCAAGCUAAAUUUUCUUCAGCACACGAGGCCUGGCAUUUCUUAUGUUGUUCAACAUUUGAGUCAGUUCUUACAUGCUCCUCAAGUUCCUCACCUUAUGGAUGGUAUUCAUGUCUUGCGAUAUUUGCUUAAUGCUCCUGCUUUGGGUUUUUUGUUUAAUAAUUCUUUGGACUACUCUAUGUUGGCUUACUCUGACUUUGAUUGGGAUGCAUGUGCUGAUUCCCGCCACUCAGUCAUUGGUUUCUUCAUUACUUUGGGUGGCUCUCCUAUAUCUUGGAAGAGCAAGAAGCAGCCUACGAUUGCUCUUUCAUCUGCUGAGGCUGAAUACCGUGCACUUCACAAAGUUGUGGCUGCAUUGUCAUGGCUGGCCCUGCUCAUCAUAGCAUACCCAGUAAGCUUGGAGUGCUCAUCACACCCUCCAACUGGAGGAGGUGUUGGAGUUACGUAG